GUGAGGAGCAUUAAAUCUGGAAAUCGCUUAAUCGGGACAAGCAAGUGUUUGGUUGAAGAUUUAAGAUUUGUUAAUCUGAAGAUCAGAGGACUUUUGGUUGGAGUUUGGCCCUCUCUGCAGACUCACUUGCUUGAAUCGUGACCUCUGACCGCUGGGUCAAAGGGCAAUCUAGGAGAUAAAUUGUCUUCAUUUAGCUCGGAUAUUGAGUCUAUUGUGCAGCAGACAAAGUCCUAAAGCAUAGUUUUGAGGACUAAUUGAGAAUUCUGUGGUCCUGCCGCCAUGCCUUCCCUUCCCACUUUGAACAGCCUGGGGAAACUCUGCGGAUCUGGACGCAGUCAGCAAGUGGAUCGCACCCGGAUCAAACGCACAAACUCUGUAAAACGCAUAUCUGUCAUAGAGGACGGACGUGUGGCAGAAGUGCUGUACCUCGUGCCGAAAGAGUCUGUGAUGCAGCAGCUGCCGUUCAUCAACCCUGAAGACUAUUACCUGACUGAGAGCCUGUCACCUGUGGCCCAUGCACAGGAAGCUCACCAACAGACGGAGAAGCCUUUGAUACGCUGUGCUAAAUGUGGGGAGGUGUGCAAGGGAGAGGUGUUACGAGUGCAGGCCAAACACUUCCACAUCAAGUGCUUCACGUGCAAAG